CAAUUUUUUUGCAAAAAUGCUUUAAUGGAACUUUUCACGGGUUUCAUCCAGUAUACAAAAUUUUGGCAUUGUGAUAUGUCUUCUCAUUAUUGCAACCUCGUUGCGAAACAAACAAGACCCACCUUUAUUUGGCGUUCCUAUCGCGAUCAAAGACUGUUUCAGCACAAAGAACGUACGUACCACAUGUGCGUCGCGUAUGUUGUCGGAUUACGUGCCUCCGUACAAUGCCACGGUUGUUGAGCGUCUGUUAAACAACGUCGCCAAAAAUGCCUUUGAGUUUCGAAUUCGUUCGUUCUCUCUCAAAAUUUAUUUUAGCGCAAUCGGCUCAGAUACGGGGGGUUCUACGAGAAACCCUGCUUCAUUUUGUGGCGUUGUUGGAUUCAAGCCAACAUACGGCUUACUCUCAAGGCAUGGCCUGAUUUCGCUUGUAAACUCUUUGGAUGUUCCUGCUAUUUUUACCAAGAUAAUCCAGCAGUUGUCGGCUAACUCGCUGUUGACUUUAGAACUGAUGGCAGGCAUAGACGUUAAGGAUUCAACUACCGUCGAUUUCGAACGUUGCAAACCAGCUGUAAAAGACUUAAAAAGUUUGAAAAUUGGACUUCCUAAGGAAUAUUUUACUGAUGACCUUUCGAAGAGUGUAGUGAAAUUGUGGAUGGAAGUUGCAACCCUACUUGAAACAACAUUUGGAUGCAAAUUGGUCGAAGUUUCACUCCCUCAUACCCCAUACAGUAUUAGAUGUUAUCAUGUAAUUGGUGAAAGCGAAAUCGCUUCCAAUAUGGCACGAUAUGACGGAAUAGAAUACGGCCACCGUGUAGAAGAGAGCAGUUCACUGAGCAACAUGGUAGCGUUGAGUCGGCAGGAAGGAUUCAAUGAGGUGGUCAGACGCAGAAUCUUGGCUGGCAACUACUUUUUACUGAAAAGGUACAAUGAAAAUUAUUUUAAUAUAUACCGUUCUACUAGUGCGGCUAAAGUUCGACGUCUGAUCGCUAAUGAUUUCUACCGCUUAUUUCGUCAGGAUAAGGUGGAUCUGCUUUUGACGCCAAUCACUCCAUCAGAUGCUCCGCUUUAUUCAGAAUAUGUCGAUAACGAAGACGGGUAUACACGAGAGCGAACGGACGAUUAUUUUACACAACCUGUUAAUUUGGCAGGUAUAUGUUUAUUUUGGCUUAUAAAUUUGUGGUAG